AUGUUCAUCGACACUCCCGGCGGUUUUGUAAGCCAUAACUUCGACUUCGUCAUCAUUGGCGGCGGAACUACUGGUCUAGCUCUUGCUGCUCGGCUCUCUGAAGAUCCGGAUACUACUGUAUUCCUGGCAGUAAAGAAAUUCCCAAUUAUUAAUAAACGCCUAAUACUUGCAGUCGCAUUCAAUCUUGAAGGUCACCCUGACUAUGACUGGAUUUUCGGCUCCAUGCCUCAGACUGUUCUGGGAGUCAGCACAAUUUUCCUUCCUCGGGGAAAGGUCCUUGGAGGUUCCUCGGCCAUUAAAGGAACCGUGACAGUGUACCCAUCUCUGGAGGACAUUGAUCACUGGAGCAAGCUCGGAAACCGUGGCUGA